AUGGAAGCCAGGGGCACGGGCAGGGCUCGGGGUUACCUGGGAACCGCGGCCGCAGCGCCCGCGGCGCUGCUGUUCCAGCUUCAGUUGCGUGGAGACCGCGAUCCUCGAUUCCCGAGAGAGAAGCUCAACAGGAAUGAGGCCAGUGCUGGGGAGAGUAGUCUGCCCAGAAUUGGUCCAUUUCUACCCACGAGUGAGACUGGUCAGAAGUUGUUGCCAGUUCUCCCGAAACAGAGCUUGUUUCGUGUUUCCCCACCAGAGCUGGUGUUUCAGAACUUCGUGGCUCAUGAAGUCUCUGAAAUGGAACUGUCUCUCACAAAUGAGAGCAAGUGUGUUCAGCUGGUGCAGGUCUCCAUGCAGAGCUCACCUUGUUUCAGGCUGGUGUGCCCCAACGAGGCGUACCGUGCUGUGCCGCGAGGUGCGACUGCCCGUGUGCGCAUUCAGUUCACCCCCAACGAGAGCAAGGAUUAUUCCCAUGAGCUUGUCUGCAUCACCAAAACAGAAAGGAUAGUUGUGCCAAUCCGGGCCAUUGCUGCCCGAGCUAUCCUGAACAUCCCAGACCAGCUGAACUUCUCGGAGUGUCCAGUCAAGAGCAGCACCAAGAGGACUCUGCUGCUUCGCAACACUGGCAGCCUGGAGGCUCAUUACUACAUCAGCACCCAGAGUCCUUUCUCCGUGGUUCCGGCCAUGGGAACUCUGGGUGCUGGUGACAGCGUGCAGGUGACAGUGGGAUUUCACCCACUGACCACUGGUGCCCAUUUUGGGUCCAUGGUAGUGAGCUACAACACAGGUGAAGAAAUGAUCCACACAAACCUUCAGGGAGAAGCUGUAGAUGUCAGCAUCGGGUUGAGGACGUAUUCCGUGGAGCUGAAGAAGACUUUCAUCACCAUGUCAAGCCACACAACCAUGUUCAUCGAGAACAGGAGUAACAUCAGAGCCCAGUUCCAGUGGAAGACUUUUCCUAGUGAGGAAGAUGAGAAUGAAGAGAAGAGGAGGCAGUGUUACCUGCUGCGAUCACCGAGAGAGACCUGCGUGGACAACACGACGGAAGAGAGAAGAAGAGCGAAGAAGAAGGGUUCCUGUGAAGAUCGCCGCGCCAUCCUGAAGAGCAGCGUCCGGGAGAAGAUGAUGAAGCUGAAAGAAGACCCCAUGCUAUUCUCCAGUGAUGCUUUUUCCCUUGAGCCAAUGGAGGGAGAGAUCGAGCCAAACAGUUCAGUCCAAAUCAAGGUGACCUUUAAACCCCUAAAGGCCCGAGAGUAUCGAAGUGUGGCCUACUGCAACAUCUCAGGCCGUGGGAGCAGGCUGCCCCUGCACCUCAGAGGGGAAGGCCAAGGACCCGUGGUUGAAUUCAGCCGUCAAAUGCUGAAACUUGGGAACAUUUCUGUCAACACCUCCCACGUCUAUGAGGUGAAACUGAUGAACCGAGGAGCUAUAGAUGCUCCCUUCACCUAUAUCCCUUCAGCCACAAACGUGGGCUGCUGCUUCAAGUUUGCACCCGAGGAGGGCGUCAUUGCAGCAGGUGGGAUCCGGACGAUUCACAUCUCCUUCAAUGCCACCGUACUGGGGAGCUUUGAGGAACAAUUCCAGUUCCGUGUGGCUGCAUCUCCUACGCCUGUGACCCUGACAGUCUGGGGCUGUGUCACUGGACCUGCUUUACACUUCGACCUCCAUGAGCUCCACUUCGGUGACAUCUCCUUUGGCUUUCCCCGCACCAUGACCUGUCGCCUCACUAACACCUCCCCGGUGGCCGUGACAUUCAAGCUCCGCAUGUCGGACGAUGGCACGCAGCCUGCUGUCAGUAGCUUGGAUCAGAUAUGCAAGGACAGUGACCCAUCCUGGAGAAAGGGAAUUCAUUUCUAUGUGGAGCCAAGGGAGUUUACAAUGAAUCCCAGCCAAGGGACCAUCCUCCCCCAGGGACACCAGGAUAUCGAGGUGACCCUGUGCUCCAACACGGUGAUGGAAUACUACCGGAAAAUGCUGGUGGACCUGGUGGGCCUGGAGGGUGUUGGCAAGGAAGUGGCAUCACUGAUCAUCACAGCCAGAUGUCUGGUUCCUGAGCUGCAAGUGUACCCCCAAAUCAUGCGCUGCAAUCAGUGCCACCUGAAGGAGCCAUACGAGAAGAAGUUCAUCAUCACCAAUAAAACUGACCUUCCUGGCUGCUACGGGUUUAUUCCCCAGAAACGCAAGGAGGACUCUCCUGUGUUGUACUCCAGCCCCAAACCCUGUGGCAUUGUCCAGCCUCACAGCACUGCAGAGAUUCCGGUUACAAUCGAGGUCCAAACAUUGGGCGAUCAUCGCACCAAUGUUCUGAUCGGCGUGUUUGGGGAUGAAAGAAACCCACUGAGAGCAGAAUUCCUGAGCUCUGGAGAGCUGGCAGAAAUCUAUGGAACUCCAAAGAAGAUAGACUUUGGCAUGAUCCCACCGCUACAGCCGAGCUCACAAACUCUUACCCUCUUCAACAAAGGUCUUGUCCCUGUAGACUUCAGGAUAAAGAUUGCUGAUAAACCCCAGUGCUUUGUUCUUGAAACGGAAGAAGGAGUGAUCCCCGCUAGGGGUGAGGUUCCUGUGACUGUCACAGCCAUCCUGGAUGACACUGGGCAUUUUGCUGACUCCAUCCAGCUCUUCAUCGGGAACAGCUUUUGGUUCAGCUUCUUACUGAGGGCUAUGGGCACUGGCACCACAAUUGUCACAGACAAACCACUGGCCCCAGAGCUCAACUUGGGAUACCAAUUCAGCCACCUUCCCAGUACUCAUCAGUUCCAAGUAACAAACAGGGGCCACCAUUUCCAUCGGCUCUUCUGGAGCGUGGAAUGCUGGAGGCCACCCAAGAAGAAGGGCCAGAGCGUCUCAGCCCUCAGCAGCCCCAAGGCCCAAGAGGAUUUCGAGCCCCCCGGUCGUACAAGCGCCGUGUUCGGGCUGGAGCCAGGCUCAUGGGAGCUGCAGCCAGGCGAGUCUGUGGACAUGGUGCUGCGAGGCUUCUCCCACACCCCACAGGAGGUGCGGGAUUACAUGAAGUGUGAAGCUCUCGUUGGCACAAGCGUGGUGACAAAGAAGAUAAUAGAAACAAUCAUUAGCUGCAAGUUCAUAGAUCCCUCUAUAGAAGUAUCAGCCAGAAAACUCUCUUUCCGGGUGGAGAAGAAACCCAGUGAUGUCCUAACUCUGCAGUACCAGCCUUUGGCUUUAAAAAACACCUGCUCCCUGCCGCUCCACCUCGUGCUGGACGUGGAGCGGCCGUUUCUGGUCUGUGAUGAGGAGCAGCAGCCCCUCCCAGAUGGCCAGCCUGUGACAGUGGGUGUAGAGGAGACCUGCCAUGUCUACAUCGCAUUUGACCCAGCUUAUAAACUGGAGCUUAACAGCUGGCAAGAAAAGAAGAUUCUGAAGAUAGACAUGGUUAGGGACCAUCCUAAUGUGGAGCAUAUCGAGCUUUGGGGAGAAGUCCACUUCCCCAAUCUCCAAAUCCAGCCCAGCAGCCUGGAGUUUGGCUGCAUCGUGGCUGGCACGGAAGCAGUGCGCUCUCUGAGGAUGAGCAACUGCAGCCCCCUUCCUGUGGAGUACCACUGGUCAUUCCAGGCAGACAGCCAGGUGCACAAGUUCAGGCAUUACAUCCCAGUGGGGCUGGCAGGAUUCAGUCACUCCGUGGAUGUACCAUGGACUCCCCUCAAAGUGGAGAAGGCUUUCAGUAUCCUGCCGCUGUCGGGUGUGCUGCAGCCGGGAGAGAGACAGCACGUCUCCUUCACCUUCACUGGCCACCUCAACACCAUGGCCCAUGUCACAGCGCUGUGCCACGUGGAGGGAGGCCCCACCUACGAGGUGAAGCUGAGCGGGGAGGCCUCACGUGUCAGCUACUCCCUGAGCACCCGGGAGAUCAACUGCGGCUCCCAGAUGUUUAACGAAGUUCAUCACAGCACGGUCAUCCUGGCGAACACCAGCAAGAUUAAAUUCAACUGGGUGCUAGAACCCAGCACUGCAGACCAAGACCUGCCUGGUGUGUUUCUGGUCAAGCCCACCACUGGCUCCAUUGCAUGUGGCAGGAAGCAAGUGCUGAGAUUCUCUUACAUGCCAGGAGUACCAGGAGCCUUUAGCAGGACAUACCAGCUUAAAGUGGGUGACCUGGAGCCGGAAAAGAUCUGCCUGAAAGGAGAAGCGUCCUUUCCUAUGAUCAGUGUGAACCUGCCCUGGAACAUCAAAGGAAAUGAGAAAUGUGGAAAGCCACUACGGCUUGCAGAACACACGCAGCAAUACAGUGAGACCCUGAAAAUUCAGAUCCCAGCAGCUCAGCCCUUAAAAAGUCCAGAUGUGAAGACUGGGAAGCUGAAGCCGUGCAUGCUGGAAGGCUCUGACAUUGUAGCAAACACUCGGCUGCAGAUAAAGAUGAUCGAGAAGGCUGCUCUGGAGCUGCAGAAAAAGCUCACAUCCCAUCCCCCAAAGACCGAGUUCCCUGACAAAAAGCUGUGCCAGAGCCUUGUCAAAGUUGAGCUGCCAGAGUAUGUCCUGGACAUGGGCACUGUCCUGAAGGGUUUCACUGAGAGACGCACCCUGGAGAUCACCAACCCUGGGCAGAUCCCAGUGUCCUUCUGGGUCGAUGCAUCUGUCCUGCAGGACACAGGUUUCAGCGUGGACCUGGGCCAGAUGAAGAGUCUGCCCCACAUGCACACCCUGAGGUUUGAUGUGAAUUUUGAAAGUGCCCAGCAAUCACAGGGUGAUGUGGAUGUGCUGCUGCCCAUACAGGUAACAAAAGGCCCCACGUCUCACAUCCGCCUCCGUGCCACUGUCUUGGAACUGUCGCUCGACCUCUCCAAGAACACACUGCACUUCCCCAAUGUCCUCGUUGGGCAGGGCCAGGUUGAGACAGUCCAGCUCUACAACGGGUUCCAAGUGCCCUGCAAAUGGUUCAUCACAGCCAUCAAGCCUGUUAUGAAGAGCAAUCAACUCAGAUACCUGACACGAGCCCAAGGUCAGAAGCAGCAGGUGCUGGAGGAAGGGCGCUGUCCCUUUGAAGUGACGCCCUCCAAAGGAACCCUUGAUGCAGGAGCGUGGCAGAACUUGCAAAUCCAGUUUGCACCCAAGGAGGAGAGGUCUUACAGGUAUGAGCUGAAGCUUAACAUUCAUGGGAGCAGCAAUCACUUAAGGCUGCACCUCUUGGGGCAAGGUCUGGAGCCACGGCUGGAGUUCAGUCCCCCAGCACUAAAGAUGGGAUGGGUGCUGGUGGACAGCGAUGGGGUGGAGGCCACAGUGGUGGUGAAGAACCCAUGCGAAUUCCCCAUCGAGUUUUACUGCCUGGAUUUUGAUGAGCAGUACCUUGAGGAGGAGAAGGCCAGGACCCCAGAUGAGAAGGGCAGUUCUGCUGAGGGCCAGCCAAAGACAGCAAUGUCUGAAGCCUCCUCUUUAAUUGCCAGGCUGAAACGGUACCGGUGGAUAGUGCCUGCCCUCGGUGAGGUGGAACUGAAGGUCCACUUCUCCACCAAAAAGCCAGGGAAGUUUGAGCAGACGCUGAGGUUUGAGCUGGUGGGGACAAAGCGGCAGUACGAGCUGCCCUGCAGUGGCACCAGCCUGUACCCCAGCAUCAGCCAGAACCCACGGCUGGUGUUUCCACAGUGGAGGAAGACCAUGAAGGAAGGUGAAAUCAUCUUCAAGGAAUAUGUUGAGAGCACCAAGCAAUUCCACUUUGGACCGCUGCUGUGUGGGAAAUCAAGAGAGUGGUACAAGGCCCAGAACUGUCCUAGAAAUUCGGAGAAUAUAACCAUCCUCAACAACUCCCCCAUGGACGUAGAGGUCCAGUUCUCCUUUGAGGAUGAUGAGAAAGCAGAGACCUUCCUUCUGGACCCUCCCAGCAUGACCCUGAAACCAAAGAAGAAGCAGGAGCUGACCAUUUGGGCAUACCCCACUUCCCCUGGCUUCCUGGAAGACAAACUCAUCUGCUGCAUUAACAAGAAUCCAGAGCCAGUGGUCUUCAGCCUGUGCUGCCAUGGGGUGCACAUGAAGCUGGAGGUCAGCCCCCUGGAGCUGUCUUUUGGCAAGCUGCUUCUGCACAGGACUGACAGCAGGACCUUGGUCCUGAAAAACAACACCCUACUGCCCAUGGCCUGGCAGCUCAGUGGGCUGGAUGACCUUGUUGAGGACUUCUCACUGUCACAAGAUAACGGCACCAUUGAUCCCCGCUCAGAGAUUGAAGUGACAGUGAAUUUCAAGGCCCAGCAGAUUGGCACCAUUGAGAAGAGCCUUCGACUCGAGGUUUCAGAUACAGAAAACAUCCUGGGGAUUGUUCAGGUUGAAAACAUCAAACUGUCUGCAGAGGUGUAUGAUGUUCUCCUGAGCAUGGUCCUGCCUGAAGAUGGAACCUUGGAUUUUGGAACCAUCAAUGUCCAGGAUAAUGUGAAGAACAUCCUGACUCUAACAAACAAAGGGAUGUACAACAUCGAGUACAGAUUGAUGCUGAAGGGUGCAGGUCCCAGGAUGCGAGACUUGGCGUCCCACUUCACUGUCAAGCCUCAGUCGGGCAAGCUGAUCGCCUCCCAGCCUGGUGUGAAUAUUGAGAUAUUCUUCCACCCCACAAGGGAAAUCCUCCUCAAGAACAGCCCCAUCCUGUACUGCCAGGUGAUAGAUGCCAUCUCAGGGGAAGGAGGCCAGACUGUCGCCAGCAUCCCAGUGAGGGUGUCAGCAAGAGCUGCCUACAGCAAGUUCAGUAUUGAGCCUGCCUCACCCAUCAGUUUCGGUGCCGUGAUGAAGGGCAGCAAGAAGAGCCAGACUGUCGUGCUGGAGAACACAGGCAUGAUCAGCUUCAAAUUCCGCAUCCACCGAGCAACUGAGGAUGAAUCUCCUUUGGAAAGCAAAAGUUCAAAGCAAGGGGAGUCUGUUCCAUCAGCUAGAAAGUGCUCAGCGGGAAGGAAAUCAAGCUUGACACAGCCUCUCCUGGAACUUCUUCUGCAGGGUCAGCUCAAUGUGGGCAUGUUCACGGUGUCCCCGUGCUCCGGCUCCAUCGCUCCGUGGGGCCAGCAGCAGAUCACGGUGGAGUGCCUCGCAGGGCAGGAGGGGACUUGUGAGGAGCAGCUCUACAUUGACAUCGUGGGCAGAGACCCCAGGGACAAUCCCCUCGGCAUUCCCUUUACCCUGACUGCCGAGUCCUGCCUGCCAGCAUUUGCUGAGGAUGCCAUGUUAAUCUUCGACGAGUACCCGAUCUGCAGCAGCACUGACCUCAGCCACAAGCUGCUCUCUGUGCACGGUGUGGGCCUGUUUGUGAGAGAUGAGAACAAGUUCAUCUUCAACAAGAUUCUGGUUGGGCAAGAGGCUGAAGCCCAUUUCAACAUCUACAACACAACUGCUCUGCCGUGUGACGUGGUCCUCUCCAUCAACCCCCUGCCUGGACAGGAAAAAGGCCCUAUCACCGUUUUCAAGUUGCAUCCUGUCCAGAUGUCCAUUCCUGGCUCAUCCCACGCUGUUGCUACAGUGACCUUCACCCCACCAGACGAGCAGAACUACGACUGCACUUUUAAGGCUUCCCUUGUCAUCCCCAAACGCUCUGUGAAAAUCAAGCCCCAAACCCUGAGCUUCACCAUCAGUGGGAGGGGGCACGAGCCGCAGGUGACAGUCGUGUGCCCAAGAGCUCGCAGCAAGAGAGGAAAUGCCGUGCUGCGCUUCCAGAGGCUCCAGCUGGGGGAUUUAGAGAUGCUCCCCCUGGUCGUCCGUAACAACGGCAUCGUACCUGUCAAGUUUAUGUUACACCUGGAGGAUGAGCAUGGAGCAUUCUUCUUGAAAGGCAGGCGCUCCACACUGGAGAGAUUCCACACUGAAGAUGUGGGAGAGGACUCUGUUGGAAAUGAGAGCAAGCCCCCAAAGAAGCCUCUCCUGCUUCUGCAUCGUGGGCAAUCGGCAGAGUUUGAUGUCAUUUUCAAUCCCACCCUGGCUCGACGUGUGGAAGGGAAGAUCCGUGUUUUAGUGGGGGACACCUACUCUGACGAGACCCUGAUAGAGCUGGUGGGUGAAGGCCACAAGGAUGAAUUCACCCUCAACUGUCUAGAGGAAGACCCACAGUUGAGGAAUGAUAAGAGCAGCUGGAACAAAGACAUCAUUGAUGCUGUCAGACUGAACCACAUCCAGUUUGGGGACUGUCCUGUUGGGAAGCCCUGCCACAGGACCUUCACCAUCACCAACCACACCGGCAUGACGUUCAUGCGCUUCGAGUGGGAGGCAGACGUCCCAUUCCAGUUCUGCCCCAGGGUGGGACAUCUCCACCCUGGCUGCACCAAGGCCAUCACAGUGACCUUGAAAUCAGAUGUUCCAGCCACCUUCAGGAGGCACCUUGUGAAAUGUAAGGUGACCAAGAUCAAGUUUGAGCUGCCACCAUGGAAAGUUCCAGACUGGGACGACGAAAUGUGCAUUGUCGUGUGGAAGGACAUCACCGGGAAGGACCCAGCAGCCCAAUGGCCUGAAAAAGAGAAGACAGUGGAGACAGUCCCGGAACCGGCUCACACUGUGCUGAAGAAGAGCGGCCAGGAGGCCGAGCUGUACCUCAGUGCCUUGGUUGCCUACGCCCAGUUCAAACUGGACACAGUCGUGGUUCAGCUCAAGGACACCUUGCCCUUCCAGACAAGGACAGCCACUUUCAGGAUGCACAACACAGGGAAGGUGGCCCUGGAAUACUUCUGGGAGGAAGCUGCACCUGCAGAUAGUGAAGCAGUGAGGAUGCCAUAUUCAACCACUCUGAUUAGUCGGCUCAGCUCUGCUCCUGUUGUAAGGCAGCGCAGAAAGCUGGUGCUUCGUUUCCGGAGGGAGCAGGACCAUCCUUUUGAGACGCAUCCUUCUGAGCUGCGGCGCCUACAGUGGCUUGCCAAGGAGCAGCAAGAUUCCGAGCAGGAACAGCUGCAGGAUUCCGAGCAGGAACAGCCAGAUUCUGACCAGGAGCAGCUUUCUGAGGAAGAGCAGCUGGAUGCCAAGCAGAAGCAGCGUUCCAAGAAGCGGUGCCGCUCCAAGGAACGGAGUCUCUCCCCGCAGCGUGCCACUUCCUCCCUGGAAGUCCUCCCAGAUGUCACCCAUGACCAGUCACUGUUCUCCAUCAACCCCAACUUCGGCACCAUCACUCCUGGCCAGAAGAAGACCUUUCAUGUGCUGUUCUCCCCAAAGGAUGUGGGGAACUUUGAGACCACCAUGCUGUGCAGCAUUCCUAACCUGGAGCAGACUCACAGGAUGGUGCAGGUGGUUCUAAAAGGCAGAGCCCGGGAGUGGAAGCGUUUUGGAGAACCAAAAUGCUCUGCCUUACAGCAGACAGAUGAAGGCCAGAGACACAAGAAGCAGCUGCACUGGCAACCAACACCAGAGUGA